GGUCCCAUGAACUGUCAUAAGGGGCACAAAUUAACAUUUAAUCUCCACAUUCUCUCUCCCGCGUCAGAUCAGCAAACGUCAAUCAUAUGGGUUUCAAAUGCUUCUGUCUCAGUGUCAUCCCCUCCUCUGAGCUCCAAUCCCCUCCUUGAUUGACAAGCACUCAUUCCAUCCCAUGGCCUCACCACCUCACUCUGGCAAUGAGCUUGUUCACUGACCUCAAGGUCAUGCAUUCCCCACAUGUCAGGGCUGCUUUCCAACAUUGUGUCAAGUCAGGUGCAUCCUCUUCCCUGGCCUCCGCUCAUCUCCCAAUCCAAACCCAAACCCAGGCAGCAAUGGAUGUGCAUGCCUUUCUCAGGACCCACUUGCUGCUCAGUGUGACUGCCUCCCCCCCACACACACACACCCACUAAUGCUGGCUAUCCAACCAGUCCACGGUUAUAAAACUCUCAGGAGGCACUUUGUCCUUUUACAGUACACACGCUCGUUCCCUGCUCUCUGUUUCUCAGGGCACUUUCAAUUCUCACUGAUUCGACCACAUGGAAGAGAUGGAUGUGGAUGUGGAAAUCAGCUCCCUGAUCAACAAGGUGGAAUUAAAGGAGAGUUUGGAGAGAGCUGAGCAGGAGAGGCCAAAGUGUGGCAAUGCGGCAAUCAGUGAUAUGAACGCAGUGGAUCUGGAAAAGGAGAAAUACAGGGAGCCAGCUAAAAGCAGCAGAUUCCUGGCAGUGAAGGGUGAAGAAAGAGUGAGAAAGACUUCGAGGGACUUGCGUCAAGAAAUAAUCGAUCUCGGAGGAAUCGAAAAUUUAAUUCAGCUUCGAAAGAGAAAGAAGAACAAGAAGAAAAUCCCAGCUCCAGAACCGGAGAAGGAACCGGAGGAAAUUACUGGUCCAGUUGAGGUGCCAGUGUUUUUGAGUGCUGCGGUGCAAGGAAAGAUUAAGAUCAUCGAGAAGUACCUGACGGAUGGAUGCUGCCCUGAUGCCUGUGAUGAGUUUAAGCGGACUGCCCUGCAUAGAGCUUCUCUAGAAGGUCACACCGAUAUUGUAACCAAACUUCUUGAAGCGGGAGCCACUGUGGACUUCAAGGAUAGGCUUGACUGCACUGCUGUUCACUGGGCCUGCCGAGGAGGGAGACUGGAGGUGCUUAAGAUCCUCCUGGGAAAAGGAGCUACUGUGAAUGUUACUGACAAGCUGCUCAGUACACCUUUACAUGUUGCUACCAGGACAGGACAUGUGGAAUGCGUGGAGCACCUCAUUGCUUGUGGCAUUGAUAUCAACAUCAAAGACAGGGAGGGGGACACAGCGUUGCAUGAUGCUGUUCGACUUAACCGGUACAAGAUAACAAAGCUGCUCAUUUUACAAGGAGCUGACCUGAGGGCCAGCAAUGAGCAGGGCAAGACCCCAGUUGACCUGGUACAGCAAUGGCAUCUCGAAACUAAAGAUGCACUGGUCCAUGCACAUUAGCAGCUAACCAUCGCAACUAAAAACAGGAUGAACCUUCAAGAUUGGAAAUAUUUUUGAAACUGUUGAGCCUACACUUGGGUCAUGUUUUAUCUUCUGGUUUCACCAACGGUCACAGCUGGUUUGAUACCACACUAUGAGUCUGGAUUCAAGAGAAGGCAAAUUCAAGAAAUGUCUUCAGGCCUAUGCUUCAAAGUAACACUAUUUAUUAUUCCUUUCACUCUAAAUACUGCUAUACAUGUAAUCAUACAUAUGCCAGGCUCUGGAACACUAGAUAGCUGUAUUAAUCAUAGACUAAUCUAUUGUCUUUGUGUGUUCAUUUCAAUGGGCUUCCUCACCUCUCUAUCAUUCUAAUGUUUUAUCUCCACCCUGACUGUACUAUUUAUAUUCAGUGAUGUGCAAGUUUGCUCCAGGGACCUGAAGCUCCUCCACAAGAAGAAAUCAAGCAAUGCAGUUCAGUUGGAAAUCAAAUCAACCUGACAUUUAUUUCUUGCUGACUAAUGUUGAGGGUUUUGGAAAGAGACUGGGUGGAAGAUUAAGAAUAAAUUGAUAAAUAAAGAACAAAGUUAAAAAUCACAUGACACCAGGUUAUAGUCCAACAGGUUUAUAU